CGCCGCAGACGGUUCAAUCGUAGGCGGGCGCGCGCGGUCGUUCAUCACCCCGCGCCUGCGCGGAUGGGCUCACCCCCCCCCCCCCGACAGAUAGAGGAAUUUAUGCGCAUGCGUUUUCUCCCUUCCUUCUCUGUUUGUGGUGGUGCCUGUUGUUCCCUCCCCCCUCCUCGGGUCAGGUAGCCGCUACUGAAUGACAGUGAUCCAGACCGGGUGAGCAGCAGCAGCGGCCCCGAGCGCGGGAGCCCGCCUGGCGGACGGAGUGGUUCCUUCCCCGCUCCGUCUCCUUCGCAGGAUUCAGAGAACAGGAGUGGUUCAUGUCCAGAUUGAAGACUUGCUCCCCGACACUUCUGUCUUACAUCUCAUCUGAUGCAGUGGGGUCCAAGGGAUGUACCAGUCUUCAGGCGAUGGAAAUGGGGAAAUCACUGGGUGCUGGAGCACCAUGAGGAGAAUUCAGGAAUGUGGGAGAGGUGCAUCAAAGAAGCUACUGGAUUAUUGUGCCAACAAGUAAUAAGACAAGCACAUUCACAGGAAUGAUUACUCUGUUGCCUUGGAAAUGAAGUGACUACCCUGCUGCUGUAAAUGUAGGGCAGAAGAUCAAUGGUGUGGGCAGUAUGGAGCUAAUGAACGGGCAGUCGAGCAAUGUUAAUAUUGCCGCUACUGCUUCAGAGAAGAGUAGCAGCUCUGAAUCCUUAAGUGACAAAGGUUCUGCUGAACUGAAGAAAAGCUUUGAUGCAGUGGUAUUCGACGUUCUCAAGGUUACACCAGAAGAAUACGCCGGUCAGAUAACACUAAUGGAUGUCCCAGUAUUUAAAGCUAUUCAGCCAGAGGAAUUGUCAAGUUGUGGGUGGAAUAAGAAAGAGAAGUACAGUUCUGCUCCAAAUGCAGUUGCCUUCACAAGAAGAUUCAACCAUGUAAGCUUCUGGGUCGUUAGAGAGAUUCUUCAUGCACAAACUUUAAAAAUAAGAGCUGAAGUUUUGAGCCACUAUAUUAAAACUGCUAAGAAACUUUAUGAGCUGAAUAACCUGCAUGCCCUUAUGGCAGUGGUGUCUGGAUUGCAAAGUGCUCCCAUCUUCAGGCUGACUAAAACUUGGGCGUUAUUGAGCCGAAAAGACAAAACUACCUUUGAGAAGUUGGAGUAUGUUAUGAGUAAAGAAGAUAAUUACAAACGACUUAGAGACUAUAUUAACAGCUUGAAGAUGACUCCUUGUAUUCCUUAUUUAGGUAUUUAUCUCUCCGACUUGACGUAUAUUGACUCCGCUUACCCAUCUACAGGGAGCAUUCUGGAAAGCGAGCAGAGAUCAAAUUUAAUGAACAACAUACUUAGAAUAAUCUCAGAUUUUCAGCAGUCCUGUGAAUAUGAUAUUCCUCUGUUGCCUCAUGUCCAAAAAUACUUGAACUCAGUUCAAUACAUAGAAGAGCUACAAAAGUUUGUGGAAGAUGACAAUUACAAGCUUUCAUUAAAGAUAGAGCCAGGAACCAGCACCCCUCGUUCUGCUGCUUCCAGAGAAGAUUUAGUAGGCUCUGAAGUAGGAGCAUCUCCACAAAGUGCACGGAAAAAUGUUGCAGCUGAAGGAGCAUUGCUCCCACCAACUCCUCCAUCACCUAGGAACCUGAUACCACAUGGGCAUAGGAAAUGUCACAGCUUGGGAUACAAUUUCAUACACAAAAUGAAUACAGCAGAGUUUAAAAGUGCAACAUUCCCCAACGCAGGACCAAGGCACCUAUUGGACGACAGUGUCAUGGAACCUCAUGCCCCAUCCAGAGGGCAAGCAGAGAGCUCCACCCUUUCUAGUGGAAUUUCAAUAGCAUUUCUCAACGACCAGUCAGUGGAGCGGCACCAGUCCCUGGGAUCUCUGGACAGUUUAAGAAGGCAGCAUUCCAGUCCCUGGUAUCAAAAAGGUAGCAGUGAUGGUUCAGAACUUAGUGAAGAGACUUCGUGGCCAGCAUUUGAAAGGAACAGAUUAUACCAUUCUCUCGGUCCGGUGACAAGAGUGGCACGAAAUGGCUAUCGAGGCCACAUGAAGGCCAGCAGUUCUGCAGAAUCUGAAGAUUUGGCUGUUCAUUUGUAUCCAGGAGCAGUUACUAUUCAAGGUGUUCUCAGGAGGAAGACUUUAUUGAAGGAAGGCAAAAAGCCUACCGUAGCAUCUUGGACAAAAUACUGGGCAGCACUGUGUGGAACCCAGCUUUUUUACUAUGCUGCAAAGUCUCUGAAGGCUACAGAGAGAAAACAUUUCAAAUCUACACCAAGUAAAAAUGUGUCAGUGGUAGGAUGGAUGGUGAUGAUGGCUGAUGACCCAGAACAUCCUGAUCUCUUCUUGCUGACUGAUUCUGAGAAGGGAAAUUCAUACAAGUUUCAAGCUGGUAACAGAAUGAAUGCAAUGCUGUGGUUCAAACAUCUGAGCGCUGCAUGCCAAAGCAACAGACAACAGGUUCCUGCCAACUUGAUGUCUUUUGAGUAAAAAGCUAAUUCAAAACAUGAAAGAGAACAAUUUGAUGAACUGUUUGUCUCAUAAUUUGAGCAUGACGUCCUGAAGAAAGCGUGCCAGCUAUAAAUUUAUUUCUGUGCCAGAACAGAACCUAAAGACUCAAUCUCUAAACGCUGGAGUACUAACAGUUUGGGGAAUGGAUUCCCCUGAGUGAAAAAUGGAGUCGCAACAUGAACUGCCGUGGACCAUGCUUCUUAAUAUUUUCUGAACUGACCUGUGGAAACCACUGCCUUAAAGAAUGAAAGGAAAACCAACAUGAAACACCAAAUAGUGUGUGUGAAACUAAUGGCGGUGCUGUGCUUGGGUUAAAUAGGUUGUAGCUAAUCUGCAUUUCUUUUAACUUUAUACUAAUUUUUUUUGGGGGGGUACCACCUUUUUAGUAUUCUUUAAAAAGGGUAUAACCAUAUUCUUAAGGGUUGCAUCAACAUCUGGGUUUACUCUAAGGAUAUAGCGGUACUUACACAUUCUAGGGAUGGUGUUUAGACUAUACUAGCAGCCUUCAACUGGAGCUUCUCUCAGGCUCACUUGAUCUGGAGCAUCAUUAAUUUUCUCAGACCUAGACUAUGAGAGCUGUAACAAAUGCAACUUUUUUUGUUUGUUUGUUUGUUUUAAGUACUAAACUUGGUAACCUUAGUACUGUAUAGGAACCUUACUUCCUGCCAGUGGCACAAAGGCCACUGUGUUUGUGUUUGUACAGCACCCUUUUUCUUGUAAGCAGGAUUGUGAUACAUGCUUGUCUAGUUCCUGGUUGAAGAAUAGUCUGUUUUGGGUUUUUUAAGUGGGAGCUGUGAGGUAUCAUCAGGUCAGAACUGAGUGUUUCCUUCCCAUUGUAUUUCUACACUGGUUACUUUCCUCCAUGUGAUGGUUCCACUACACAACAAACACUGGAUAUAACUCACAGAGAUGUUUUACUUCUCUGGAGAGAUGUUUCCCUAGGUACAGUUAAAGGGAGGGAAAAGCAGAAGACCCUCUCUCAGGGUAAGAUGCUUCAGAGAAUCAGUUUUAUAAGACCUCUUUUUUUACAGUGUUUGAGAGAGACAAUGUCAGAGUUUCCAUAUUUUCAUUUUGAAAAAAAUGGUUUUAAUUAUCUGUAUUGUUCAAGAUUUAGGAGCUCGAACUAUAUUUGCAAUUUCUAAAGAAGUUUAAUCUAGGAAAGAAAAAUAGGGUGGACUAGAUAAUCAAAACCUUUUUCCUAUAUAUGAGUAAUUUUUUGUCACUAAAUGUACUUCUUCAAAAAAUUUAAAAUUCCAAACAGGAGGACAAAUUUGCUGUGUUCUAUGCAUUAGAUUUUCAUUCGUGCCUUAUUUUGGGUUGUUUUAAGUUACUUAUUUAUAGUCUGUUGUACACAAAGCCCUAUUUAAGAUUCGGAACAUUGAUCUUCAUAAAUAUGGAAGAAAUUCCAAUAGUGUCCAGGAAAACUUCUUGAAAAAAUAGUAGGUAUUCCACUGAGAUUGUAAUUUAAAAGCAGUAAAUAAGUUUACAGGUGCACCUCUAGAUUUUCUAAAACUAUCCAGUAGUCUCAGGUAAUGAGUUCUCUUGAUAAUCUUGGGGGGGGGGGGGGAGGAGGAUUCCGGAGGUGGUAAUUUGUUUGGUAAUGUACAUUUCAUUUACUAAAUCAGGGUAAGGGGAUAGAAUUUCACACAUUAAAGUUCCCAGAAUCAAUAUCACAUUUUCUUAACAGAAAUCAUUAGUUUGUGACUGAUGAGGCAGAGGAGGAAGGUUGCUGUCCCUAUUGAGAGAACAAACUAGCAUAAAGAGAGAACCAUUCUGGGGGAAGAGAGAGGUGGAAAGUUGGGGCAUUUCCAAAUGUUACUCUGUGAAAUCUGUUUUUAGUAUAAAGAGGAUAUAGUAGAUGCACACUUCUGUGUCACACUUAUACAAUUUGGUGUCACUUUGUAUAUCUUUUUCUGUGGAGAGUGAAUAAUCAGUUCUGAUCCUGAAGUAGUAUAUCCUGAAAGGAGGUUGCUCGUGACGAAUCACUUUUCAGUUCAAACAUCACUUAACCCAUGUAGGGUGUAUAGCAGACACAACAUCUUAAUAGCCAACAGUAUUACUGUAAUAGAUUUUGCACAGCUUUAGUUUUUGUUUUGCAUUUUUAAAAUUACUUAGUGUGUGUUUCUUCUCAAAAGUGUUUUUUAACAAAAUGUGUGUACUUUUUUUAGGCAUUGUGUAUGGUAACCCUGUGGAUUUUGAAUUUUUUUAAUAAGCUAAUUUAGAUGCAUCGCACGUUAACUAUAUCUAUUCUUAUGUUAGUGAGAGGAAACAUGAAACUGGGAGCCACAGCCUGACAUCACACAGCUUUGCUAAAGACAGAGUCGGGUCAGAAGGUGUUGUUUUUGUUCUUUGAAUUUAUCCAGCUGUAUUUUCUUCUGUUUUUAUGGUACAUAGAGUAAGAUGGGGAAAGCAGUGCUGAGCCCUUGUCAAUAGUCACCAUUAGAUGAACUGUUGCCUGUAGCUGCUCUCUACCUAUUUAGACAUCAUAUAUCAUUUUGAUCUUUAUUUUUCUAGCCUCAAAUAUCUCAUUUUUCAUGGGAGAACUGUUGAAAAAAGAAGCCUCUUAAAAUGUUUAGCAAGAGUAAUAAGAGAGAAUGAUUAAUGAAAACAUCUUUAGAUACUUAGUACUAGAAGUUCAAUAUCUAGUUCUGUUUUAUCCUGUUAGUGUUUGUGACAAAUCUGAAGGAUUACUGGAAUUAAGACUUCACAUCUUUUGAAUUGGAAGAUUUUUAGGGAAAAGUGAUUUUUUUUUCUCCCCUGAGAGGAAACCUGUCACAGGAAGCUUAAAUAGAAUGACAACUCAAAUCAACUAUGAAGAUCACAGUAAUCCACUUCUCUGUAAAAAGUAGUAGUUAAACAAAACGUUUAAAGUAGUAAUGGGAAAACAAUACAGCAGCCAGAUAUAGACAUGUAAGGAUGCACUAUCCAGAAUGUCAGCCAGUUGAUUGUGUUUGUCUUUGGUUUAUCUUGCAAUGUUUUUCUUUAGUUUUUACUUUCAGUAACUGUUGAAAUUUUGCAGCUAACAUUCAUAACUUUAUUUUGUUGUAUUUAUAUCUUUAGUUGAAAGAGGUCUCUUGAGAUGUCUUGCGGAACAAAAGUUCCAUUAUUACAGGAAUGUGGACAAAAAUAGUUCAGAGUAGAUCUUCCUGGCUGGGUUAUAUGUAAAUAUUGAUCAUCUGCUGACUGGUAUACUACAAAGGCACUUUUUUCACAGUUCACUUCCUACAAGAUUUUUAGUUUAAAUACCAACAGAGAAUCCACCCAGUUUAGAGAAUUAGUUGUGGUGAUACUAAAUGUAGUGCACUUCUAAUACAUCUCUGGCUAUCGUAAAUUGAAGUACUAAAUGCUAACUUAAUGUUCACUUUCUAACUUAAUGCUGUUUCUUUAUAACUUCAGCUGCAUUUAAUCAAAUGCCUUCCAUUUCAGUGUUCUUAAAGAGCUAUUGUUAGUCACAAUUGAUUUUACAAAAUGGAAUCUAUACAAUUUGAGUUAAUCUAGGCAUGUGCUUCAUUUUACUAACCAUUUCUUGUGGAAAAUGCCAUUGAAACAUUGCUCAAAUUACUCUGAUUCAAUGUGCAUUUGAGUUAAGUAUGUGCAUGUGCCACCUGGUUUUAAUAUCCAACUUUUAACUCUCCUACAAGGAACUUUUCAAAGAUUCUAACAAGCAGGUCUGUAAGAUCUGAAAAGGAAAAAGGUCACUAUGCUGAAAAUCGUGGCAGGGCGAUCUUCACUUCCUCAAUUCUGCACUCUCUCAUGUGGUCCUUUUGGGGAAUUGACUAUUUGUUAACUUUCCCUCUCGGAACUCAGAUGUGUUAUCAAAGAAGUUGCGGCAACGUUGUUGCUGCUAGCAGUACAUUUGCUACUGAAAAUGAAAACAUAUAAGAAACAAACUAUCAAGGAAACACGAAAGAAUGCAACGCAGUUACAUCAGUUUAUUUUUGUUGAUUGAUGUUAACUAUGUAGUUUAAUGCUAGUUUCCUUGCCACAUUUUAAGUGCGCUUAUUUGCAAUUAAAUUUUUAGAAGACCGUAAUCUUCCACUGUUAAUGAGAAACGUAAGAAGGUUGUCAACUAGAAGAUGCUUUCCCUUCCAACAGAAGUAAAUGUAGCUUUGUGCUGCUAAGGCACUGUGGGUGGUUGGGUCCCUUUUGAUAAAACGAAAAUUGUGUGGUGAUGUUUUUCUGGCUCCUGCAGUGGCAUUUUUCUUCAUUCUCCUCCUCUGGUAUUUUCAUUCACAAGCAGUAGAAGUCCUAAUCUUUUCCAGCCAUGUUAGUAUACUGCCUGCUCUAAGCUUCAAAAGACUAGACCUGGUACUAAAUCACACCAAUGAGUUGUUUGUUCUUGCUACGAGGUCAACUUUUAAGUGUCAUUAUUUAAAUACCAACCCUUUCUUUUUUUCUUUUGCCUUUCCCUAAAAAUGGCUUGUGUCUAAAGUAAACAGAUUUGGUGUUUGGGAGAGUUGUAAUUGAAGGAAUCUGUAUAAAUGGGUACAACUGAACUUCUUUCUGGUCAUCAUCCAAACUUUUGUGGGGAGGCAGACACUUGGAUCUGAGAGAGACUGGUCAGUGCCUUAUUGUCAGUUUGAAGUCCAGUUCUAUUAUUCUAGAGCUGAAAAUACAGUCACAGCCACUGGACCAAAUUACUUUCCCUGAUUUCUGUAGUGUGUACCCUCUUUCCCAACAUUUUUACUUUUCUAACAGAAGGAAUUAGUCAAUUUUGGUCUGUGUAAGAUAGAUAUGGUUUAAAUUACUAAACUGUUUUUCUAGGUUUGGUAAUUUUUUUUAGCAGAAGUAGCCAUUGACAGAUUUGUCUGCAGCUUUUAUCAGAACUGUCUAAACCAUCUUGUAACAAUUUUUCUUUAAAAUAUGAAACAUUUGUAAUGUCAAGCAUAAGAGGGGGGGAAAAGCAACAAGAAUAAAUAAGGAUCAGAGGGCAUUCCGAGUAAUUUCUAGUGUUUGUGAACUUUAGUUCUCCUAGCUAAAAAUGAGGAUUCUCUUCCUUUUUAUUCCCUUGAAACACUAUACUGUACAAAUGUGAAAGGACUAUACCUACCAACUUUUUGUUAAUUUAGAAUAAAUAUCAAGGAGAAACCUUAAAAAAAACUGGACAAACUGUAUAUUGUAGCUUUUCUUGACAUACUUUAAGCUCAUUUGUGCAGGGGUUGUUUGUUCUAUUUCUAGUGUACCAUCUAGUGAAAACUAAGUUUCCCUACAAGAGAUGUGUGAGCUUUGAAACAUUAAGCUUUGAAGCACAUAGCUUUGGAGGGAGAAAUUAAUUAAUAAGCUUUCAUACAUUGAGGUUUUUUUGCAAUGAAAGCCACAUACAAUAGAAUAUUCAUUUUCUUCUAAGACAUUAUGGUAGAAAACAGAGCAUUUCCUCUGCAGUGUUUUUAAUUUCAGAUGUUUUAAAGGAAAAGCAUAACCUAGCACAGAAAUGAUCAACCUUAAAGGGUUCUUCAGUGACAAUUGAAAGGAUUAGUCCAAGGUGAAGAAAGCAUAAUUUUGAGUCUAGCCAUGCAUGUUACAGAACAGAGUUGAGGAUUUUUCUCAAGGACUAUUGCUAUAAAAAAAGUGCCACAAUGAGAUGGAGGCUUUUGCAUAUCACAUCGUGGUAGCUAAUUUCUGGAGCUUUUCCUCAAACAGCCAGGAGUAACAUAAACAUUCAGUUUCUUCUGUACACUUGAUUAGCAUCAAAUUUACCUUAGUGGAAGAGGGAUAUGGCCUCCAAUUCCCCAGCAAAGCUCUUGCCAUUCCAAAACUCCUCCCAAAUAUGGUCCAAAAGUAGUAAAAGUUGACCAAUUAAAUAGGGAAAGAAAGGAUCUUUAGGGUUCACCUGUUUACAGAGCCCUUGACUCCUUGCAUACAGAUAAAUACACCUAUUCAAGCCCUACUGUAGUAGUGCAGAGGCUGGGGAAAUCAUACAAUCUAUAAUAAUCCAGGAAGAAAAAACAAAGAUUGUUUAUAUGAUAAACACAAGCCAUUUUUAAUGUUAUUCUUCCAUGUUGACUUGAGAUGCUAUAGUGAUAGUAAUUGCGCUAUGACCUCUAUGAGUGACGUGCAGUUAGACUGUCUUCUAGCCUUUCUUCUUUUUUUUUUUAAAUACUUUAGUGUGGGUGUGUGUGAAAUUGUGUGUUUGCAUAAGCUAGUUUAAAAUUACUUUAAGUACGGAUUUCAGAAAUCUUUCCUACUGAAAUAAAUGAUUUAAAAUGUG